AAAUUUGUUUUGAUUCAAACCGGUCAGUGAUCAUUGUUGUCCACAAAACCUGUGAAGACGCACACAGCCCAACCAGGAGACCAAAUUGUUGUGGAAAUCAUCAAAGAAACACUCACAGACCUCUGACGUCCUCUGAAGAUCUUUUUAGCUGAUAUGGAAAACACUGAUGCAACUUUUGGCACCUUCAUCAACCCCAACUACUUCCCUGGAAAGUUGUGGCGUUUGGUGAACGAUCCCCAGAUUUGCUCAGUCUGGUGGGACGACAGCGGGGAAGGGAUACUUAUUCAUCAGGAAACAUUCGAAGCCGAAGUACUAUUGUCCCAACCCACACAUUUGUCUGAGUACUUCAGGACAGCAGACUUCAUAAGUUUCAUUCGCCAGCUGAACCUGUACGGCUUCAAAAAACAACGCACGAACAUCUCGGACAAGCAGUCGUACAACCCUUCAAUUAAAGCCCAACUGCACCAUUUUCAUAACCCGUACUUCAAACGUGAUAAGCCCGAGCUCCUGCUCGAUAUAAAGCGACGCACGCCUCUCAAUAAGGCCAAGCUCGCCGGCUUAAAGGUGACGGGCAGGACGCCCAGACGUUUCCAUCACGUGAUGCAGAAUUCAGCACAGGAAACCUCUGGCUUAAUGAGAACAGGUUCAGUCUUGCUUGAACAUCAGGGGACCCCUUACCACCAUCCCUGUAAUGUCCCUCAGCAGGAGCAGAGGAGCAACACACCUCAUCACUCACAGUACGGGUUUUACACACCAGUGUAUCAGCGCUGUAGCCCAGACGUCUUGGAUUCAACAGUGCCAUGCUCUCAACAACCAGCUGCUUCCUGCUCUCCUAGUGGCUAUCACCCUGACUACUCAGUCGGACACGCUGAUCCGAUCGAUCAGGAUCCAUACUGGAGAGCAGGUGAUGUUCCAGAGUCCCGGACGAGUGACCUGGGCAUAGAGAAAGAGGAACUGGACGCUAUAUUAGAGCUGGCGUUGGACAUGCAGGAUGAAGUUGAUGUCCGGACGUUGCUGCAGCUAUCACUCACCUGUUAAGACAGCUUGAGUGGGUGUUACGAACCCGUAGUGGUGCUACGAAAAAUAAUCUGCCAAACAAAAUGAAUCAAAGAGACAGAGACUGAAUGCAGUCGAUACAAAAAAAAAAUCAUUUGUAAAAUAGACAUUUGAUUGAAUGACAGUUUAUAGUUUUUAUGUGUAUUUUAGGAAAAUAUAAGAUGUAAAUUAUGUCCAAGUCACUUGAGAGCAUUACUGUAAAUUAAUGUAAUCCUACAGCUCUCUAGAUUAUUUGUUGUAAUAAUAAUAAGAAGCAGAAUUGUGUUUCACAUUUUUUAGACCUGAAUGUUAUAAAUGUUA